AUGACCAAUUAUCCCAACGAUCAACACGUGUGUUCGUUCCUUAUGUCAGCUAAAGGACAAACAAAUGUACAGUUCUAUGCUGGACGUCGAGCAGUGGCCAACAAGGAGCUCUCAGUGAAUCUCCGGCAUGUUCUGACCAGGAACGAUACUAGACCGCUUGUCAGUGGAUGGCGCAUUACGAACGUGACGUCAAAAAUCGGUUAUUAUGAUUAUGGCAAUAUCACCGACAAAAAAUUGGCACCCUAUUCGUUUACUGUGGCUAUCCAAUCCGUUCAUUUCCGUAGGCACGAUCCCUCAUAUUUCUACACACUGAAUGUGCCAGCAUUGGUAUUCGUCGCAUUCAAUAUAGCCGGUAUAGACUUAUUUCGACUAUUCCAGUCCGUUUGUCUCGAAAUCUCUUGCAGGAGCGCUUGUCACGGACUCAGCACAGGCGAUGGGCUUCUUCCUCAUAGGCUUGUUCUUGCAAGGCCUCUUUAUCCGAGAUUUUAUCGACAGACUUCCUCUUUACUAUGA